CUCUUCGUAUCGGGCAGUGCAAAGAUCGUGUCUCCCAUGGCCGGCAGGUACAAGGAUAACCUCUUUUGUGGCGGCAAGUGCAAAGUUCACCUGUCCGGGUUGUCAGGUUGGCAACCCAAAGCGCUACUCUAGUUCACAGAGAGAUCUCGUUCUCCACGUGCGAAUCUGGUGUAUAAUGCGGAUUGUUUAUAAGAGCCAAAACUAUUCAAAUUAGGAAGAAAAAUAAAAAAUAAUAUUAUUAAAAAAGUCAGAGAACGAAAAUGUCUGAAAUUCAAGUAAAGAAUGAACCUUUGGACGCAUUAGAAUUGGAAAGCAGGAUAAUUCAGCUCUGUAAAGAUAAUGCAUCUGGAAUUACAGAUAAAUUAAUAAGAACGGAAAUGCCUCAUGCAGAUACUAGUCAAGUGGUAACAGCAAUUAAUAGGUUACUUUCACAGGAAAAAAUAGAAAUAUUGAAAAAAGGCAAACAGCUGUUAUAUAAGUUAAAAGAUCCAGAAGCAGCAAUAAAAGUGAAAGGUGCUGACACUGAAGAAAAAUUAAUCUACCAGAUAAUUGAAGAAGCUGGAAACAAAGGAAUAUGGAUAAGAGAUAUACGAUAUAAAAGUAAUCUAUUACUUACUCAAGUAAAUAAAAUUCUUCGGAAUUUAGAAAGUAAGAAGUUUAUUAAAGCUGUCAAAUCUGUUUCGGCUUCAAAGAAGAAAGUUUAUAUGCUAUAUAAUGUAGAACCAGAUCGUUCAGUUACGGGAGGUGCUUGGUAUAGUGAUCAAGAAUUUGAAUCUGAAUUUGUUGACAUAUUAAAUCAACAAUGUUAUAGGUAUUUGCAACAAAAGGUAAAUAAUGCAAAAUCACUAUGUAUGGAUCCUAUUUCUGAAAGAAAUGCAUCUUAUGUUUCAUCUAAAGAAGUUUUAGAAUAUAUUACCAAAUUAGGAAUUAGUAAGGUUGAACUGAAACUGGAUGAAAUAGAAAAUAUUCUAGAUUCACUUAUAUAUGAUGGCAAAGCAGAAAAAACAGUUGUAGCAGCCACUACUUCACACAACAAAAAUGGAAUGACAAAUCUUUACAGGUCAAUAGAUCCUUUAAUUCAGAGUACGGGAUUGAUGCGGAUACCUUGUAGCGUUUGUCCAGUAUUUGAAGACUGUCAUGAAGGAGGAGCAAUUUCACCUUCCACUUGUCAAUACAUGAAGGAUUGGUUAGAUUAUUGAUCAAACAUUUGAUGAAGAUUUUGUAAAUAUGUGAUUUGUAUGUUCUACUAAAAAUAAAUAGUCU